UGGCUCUCAGUUGUGUACGUUAUGUUUGAAGCGUUAACAUUGCCAUGUUGUUUCUCAUGUUCUCGCGAUGUUUGAGCAGCUUUACAAGUCAGCCAGCCAGCGUGACUUCAAUGACAUGUAGCUAACAGUAAGCUAGCUCUCAAAAAGCUCUAAAUAACAAACACUUGAUAACUUAUUGGUUGUUUGUACAGAUGUGGAGCCGGAUAUUGAAGCCUCGGGUGAUUGGUAGAACAGCUUUCUAUUGGAGGAGUCUCUUCACCAUGCAGCUGAAGACCAGUGAGUUCAAGUCUCUGUUCAGUGAGGGGCUGAAGGGAUUAGCAGAGUUGUUUGGGAAGCACCAGCAUGAGCUGAGGAUCGCUGGCGGCGCCGUGCGGGACCUGCUGUCCGGGAAGCGGCCUGACGAUGUGGACUUUGCCACCACAGCAACUCCAGAGGAGAUGAAGCAAAUGUUCCAGAAAGCUGGCAUCAGGAUGAUCAACAACAAAGGAGAGAAACAUGGGACCAUUACAGCAAGACUACACAAUGAGAACUUCGAGGUGACCACGUUGCGGGUGGAUGUUCAGACGGAUGGACGUCACGCAGAGGUGGAGUUCACCACCGACUGGCAGAAAGACUCUGAGCGCAGAGACCUCACCAUCAACUCCAUGUUUUUAGGGCUUGAUGGCACAUUAUACGACUAUUUCAAAGGAUACGAAGACCUGAAGGAGCGCAAAGUCCGCUUUGUUGGCAGCGCUGAACAAAGAAUCCAAGAGGACUACCUGAGAAUACUGCGCUAUUUCAGGUUUUACGGCAGGGUGGCUCCGGAGCCCGACCGUCACGACCCGAAGACGCUGGUCGCCAUCCGGGAAAACGGUCGUGGCCUUGCAGCGAUAUCUGGAGAACGGAUUUGGACGGAGCUGAAGAAGAUGGUUGUUGGUAACCAUGCUGAUCACCUGCUGGAGCUGAUGUACAGUCUGGAGCUGGUCCAGUACAUAGGUUUGCCUCCAGAUGGCAACGUGGAGGAGAUUAAGCGAGUGUGGCAGAAAGCCAAAGACCACUCUCCCAAACCCAUGACCGUCCUGGCUGCUCUUUUCCGCCGCCCGGAGGAGGUGGAGAGGAUGGACCUCCGGCUGAAGGUGUCCAAGGAGGAGAAGACCCUGGCUCUGUUCCUGGUCAAAUACAGACAGGAGCUGUGCAAGAGCAGAGAGGAGCCGGACAGCCUGAAACCCUUCACUGACUUCAUCAUCGACAGUCGAGAGCUGGACACCCAGAGUAAAGUGUGUGAGCUGCUGAAGUAUCAGGGUGAGGAGAAGCUGCAUGCGGAGCUCAGCGGGUGGUCCGUCCCUCGCUUCCCCGUCAACGGACACGACCUCCGGAGGAUGGGCAUCACGACGGGAAAGGAGAUCGGCUCCACCUUACAGGACCUCCGCGACGUCUGGAAGAAAAGCGGCUAUCAGAUGGACAAAGAUGAACUCCUCAGUCACGUAAAGUCGUGAUUUGAGGAGGAAAGUGGACGUGCUUUUGUCCUGUCGCACCAUAAUGGUUUGGCUGCUGUAAUCGUGCUCUUCAAGGGUAUUGAUUGAGACGUUUUAGUUUGAGAAAAACAGAGCUGCUGAUUUCAUUCUAAAGUAGCCCUAUUUUGUUCUCCAUCACCAUAUAAAGAGAUCACAAAAUGCUCUAGCGGGCAGCAUAUGAGGACAAAUGUGUACUAGAAACAGCUUUUUAUAUAAUUUGAUAUAUAAGUUUGGUUUUGUCUCCUCAGUUGAACUGCAGAUGUGUAUCAUUUCUGAAAAGAACAUGCUCUAUAAAUAGGUUGUACUUUUUAUUGAAAAGACUGAAAUGGUGAUUGAGGUUGAGGUGCAUGCAGUGCAGAAUACAACUCCGUGUGUGUGAUGCUGUGUGAAGUGUUUUCUGUGCUGGGGAGAGGUUGCUCCUCCCUCCUGCAGAGAAGAGGAGAUAUAAAGCCCUCUGCUCUCCUUUACUAGCAUUUUACUCUCUGCCUGGAGACCCUCAACAUGUGUUAUUUUACCACUAAACUUUCAUAUCCCGAUUUUUUUUCUAGGAAUUUCCCUAAUAUUUAAAGUCAUAUUCCAGGCUGCCUGCU